CAUCUUGAGCGGCAUCGACUCGCAGCGGUACGCCGAUGGCAAUCGCCAAGAGCUGCCGGACUAUGUGAUGACACUGAUGCGCGGGGCAUUUUGGAUGCUGAUGAAGGCGCACCAUGCGGCCUCGUACCCGCCUGACCACGUGACUGCGCUGGUGUGCUCGAGCCUGAUGGUCGAGCCGGGGCUGGUCGUCGUCGCAUGCAGAGCACUCCGCGACGAGCAAGACGCGGCCAUCCGGAACUACAUGGUCAAUUUGGAUUUCGCGGACUCACGGCGAU